AAAGUGGAAGCCGACGAAGAAUGCGACGAAGGAAUACUCGUUAAGGGAGACGAAUACGUGACCGGUCUUUGUUGUGACAGUAAAUGCAAACUAAUAGCGGGCUCUUACUGUAGUGACAAGAACUCAGACUGUUGUGCCUCUUGUAAGAUAAGACCGGCCGGUAUUGUAUGCAAACAUAAGGACGAACUCAAUUGCAAACAGGAGUCCCACUGUGACGGAGAGUCCGACAAAUGUCCCGAACCGACACCACUGGCCAACGAGACGCCGUGUCUGGAUAGGGGUCAGUGCAGAGCUGGCAAAUGCAUCACAUAUUGCGAGGCCAUCGGAAUGAUGCCCUGUCUAUGCGAGGACUCGAGGGACGCCUGUGUCCGGUGCUGUCGGUCAAACACCACACUCUUCCACGCGUGUCGUGCCGUCACCCCAAGAGAUCCGCUACCCAACGGAACGCCCUGUAAGUUCGGGUUCUGCGAAAACCAGAGGUGCGAAAAGAAUAUACAGGACUUUGUCGAACGAUUCUGGGAUGUGAUCGAAGAGAUUAACAUCAAUACGUUCUUCCGUUUCAUGAAAGACAAUAUCGUGGGCGCCGUUAUAAUGAUAACACUACUCAUUUGGGUUCCUAUCGGAUGUGCCAUUAAUUUCUACGAUCAGAGACACAAAGAGAAGCUGAAGAAGAGAAGCGCUUCGUUCGGCAGCGACGCCAGUCAGCGUCGGGUAAACCUAAGGCCCCGCAGUUUCAAUAGCGUCCUCUCGCGGCCCAGCGUUAGGGGCGACAGAGGAGACCGACUGACACAGACCUCAGUAUACUAUCCGCCCGGUUAUCGAUACUAAAAACUAUAGAGAUUUUUAUAACUUAUAUAUUUUUAACGCUCAUUAUUAUAUGAUAUGCAAAGUAUUUGCUGUGAAAUCUAAGUCACAAUUUUUAAUCAAACUUUUUUAAAAUUUGUUUCCAAUGUUUGCUCUAUUUUGUCCCCCAAUUGUUAUAACUAUAUUAGAGAUAUUCUUAUCAUAAAUCAAUUAAUAUGUAUUUAUUUCCCAUUCGAUUAACACAACUAUUAAUUAUUGUAUAGAUUAUAGAAACUAUCAUUUGUUAGCUAAUAAAAUAAAAGCUCAAUUCAAACGUCUA